ACGUUGCAAAGGUUGAUUUGUUAGCUAGACAAAGAGUAAAGUGAAAGUAAUGCUAGGUAGCGAGCUAACUUUGAUUGAGUUUUAGUUAAAAAGUGAGCUGAAAAAUGUAAGCGCAUGAUCGCUGAAACGAAACGAAUGUUUGUUUCACCUCGAUAACCCCCCAUCGCAUUCUAAAUUUAACUGAGAAAAGAAGCCAAAAAUCAAAAUGUCGGGUGUAAAGCUGCGUGAGAAGUUCGCGAUUGUCCACGAUUCAAAAAAGCAUGAAAUCAUCAUUGAGGUGCCACCUUCACAUAAAGUUACACUAAAAGAUUUUUCAGAUGCAGUUGCUAGAAAAUGUGGUGUUCCACAGCACAAACAGAAACUUAUUUGCAAAGGAAAAACACUGACGGAUUUUUCAUCAACUUUAAGUGAUCUUGGAAUAACAUCCAAGAGCAAAGUCAUGGUUAUUGGUAAAAAGUUCGAUAUGGCCGAGCAGCAAAAUAUAACUAGCAUUGAAAAAAUUGGUAGACAAACAGAAGAACUUUGGAGACUGUUCGAAGAAAUUAAACAAGAAAUAACCGGUGUCGAGCAGGGUUACUUAGAAAAAGAACAAGAAAACGAAUCGUUUAACAAAUUGACGAAGAGAGUAAAGUACCUCGGCGAAGGACUGAUGAAAAAUUUAGAAUCUUUAGAUGCUUUGAACUUGGACAGCAGUUUUUUAGAUGCGAGGGAAAAACGGAAGUUGUUGAUAACGAAAAUUAAUGGGUACCUUUCAACUGUGGACGCAGAAGAAGAACGUCUAAAAGAAAUAACAUCAAAACUAUAGCAUUAAGCUUUAAUAUAGUCAAAAUUUAGAAAUUAUUUAUAUAUACAAAUGUUAGUUAAGUGGUAGCAAGGCGAAUUAGUUUAUUUUAACGCAUGUAAUCAUCUACCUCCAUGAUGCAAUCUAGAAGAAAAGGAUUAGAGGUCUGUUUUGUGGUUUCUAUAUUAUAUAUUCCGCACUUUUGUGUAUUGGACCUCGCAUUCCAUUUUGUUGUGAAAUAAUAGCAAUUUUGUUACUAGGUCGUUUUUGUGUUGAUGCACGAAUUUUUUGAAAUAAAAUGUCUUUUUUUUAAUGAUUGUUUUAUUACACAGGAUGGUACUCAAACCAAAUGAAAUCACCAUACUUUACAACUGUUUAAGAAGCAUUGUCAGAAAAAAGACUUAUUCUUGCUUUUGUGAUCAAGUUUCGGUAAAAAAUAACUUAACUUAAAAGCUCUAGCAAAGAGGAAGAAACACAUGUAGACUUUUCAACUAAAAAGGUUUUUUUAUCAAUAUAUACCAGUCGUUAACCCGUAAAAAAAUCCAGGCGAUCGCCCAUUCUACAUAUUUUGUGCAUUUCCAGCACAAAACAAUUUGGUUACCAUGUGGAACAAAAUGCGACUUUAUUAUAAGUUAAACUGGUAGUUAACUUGUGGAUUUUUUCGUCAGUGUAAUGUAAUGAAGUGCUCUACAGGAGUCUAAAAUAGAGCUGCGGAUAUCAAUGUUAACACGUUGGUAACCCGUAGGAAAAUCCAAAUCCAGCCCUAGUACAUAUUUCGCAUUUUUAUUUACGUUUAUAAAUAUUUCGUAUGCCAGUA